AAACUCGGGAUCACUUUUUUGCUUGUUUUGCCUUCCGGUUAUUGUUCAAGUGUGACAACAACAAGAGACCAUAAGCAUCCACGAGGCAAAGACCAUUUGAACUGAAAGAAAUAUUAGUAAGAUCGGAAGAAAAUGGGAGCCUGUCAGAGCUCUCUCUGUCAAUUCAACGAGGAUGAAGUGCAGGAGAGUAUUCUCCGAGCUGCAUCAAGAAAGAACGAAUCACUUGAAUUUGACGGCUCGAAUCGAAAACACUUGAUCUUUGAUCUACUUUCUCCAUCGUACACAGAAGCGACAACUCCAGCGUCGACGCUGAUCUCUCCGUCUACCAACGGGCCCCUGAGUUUAUCUGUCAUUUCAUCCUGCACUUCGCAGACUUUGGUGGGUUCUGCAAGAAGUUUUGGCAAUGACGAGUCGAGCAAUCGGCAACCGUCCAAGUUUACCUUUGACACUCCUCAUCUGAACAAAACCAAUGAUCGUAGUAUACAAUCAAAGACUAACUUGGAAGAAGAUGAUGACGAGGAUCCAGUAAGUGACGAGGAACAAAAGGCAUUGGCGUCACCUCGAUCACACUUUUUUGGCAACCCGCCACUCUUGGCGCCGCCACCAGGUCAAGCAGACUUGCUGUGGCACAGUGCCAAGGCUCGAAACUCUGUCAAUGACCACAUGGUCCGAGACUUCAACAGGAUCAGGCGAAAAGCAUCAAUCGCAGAGCGCCAAGAGAAACAGCGCAAGAAGGACGCAAAGAUUGAAGAUCGGCUAGAGGACAUCAAGAGCUAUCGCAAUCUUUGGACACAGUUUAAGGAAAUGGAACAACUCCGUUCCGAACAUGUCGACGAGCAAGGUACAGACAAGUCACCCCAUGGUACCAACGUGGCACUUAACCAGGGCAAUCAAGUUGCUACGUCUUGCGAAAAAACCGCACGGAGCCCUGACGAGCCAAUGACAAACAACCAAUCUGCUGCUGGCAGGUUUUCCAACAAGUCCAAGAAGAACAGAACGCCACGUACGAAUGGCAAUGACACGGGCGAAAAGACAAAGUUCUGUUUGCUCUCUGAUGUAGGAAUGGAAGCACAAAAGGUUUUGCAGCAAGAACGACACGCCGCGAGAAAGCUCGCCCGAGAUCAGGAGAAGAAGAAAUCCACCGCAUCGUUGAAGGAGACCAAACCCAGCAUCUCAUACUUCCAACCAGUCGUAGAGAACAAUCUAUAUAACUGCAAUGGAAACACCAGCACUCCUCAGCUGUCUCCGCCAAAGCUGCAAAUCCUCACGCAGGAGACAAAACCGGGAAGAGAUUACGGUCCCAAGGUGCGCAAAGACGUGGACGCUCUUCUGACUGACAUGACUGACAUGGAAGUUACAGUUCGAGUCGAGAGCGGUGAGAAGAGGAAAGAUGAUGCGAGCUUUGUUUCACACGACGAUUUUGACUGUGAGUUCUCGGUUGCUGGUAGUCAUCGCUCACUGCUUUCACAGCAAAGAGACGACAUUUCAAUGUUGUCGUCUUGUUCUUCCCUCGGAGGACGUGAACUUCCCAGUCGUUGGCGAGCCAAAGCCACCAGUCGCGAAGACGUUAACCUGGGAUCUCAAAGCGGUCUAGAGGUCUCUUCACGACGAAAACAUCAAAAGAGCCAGUCGCAUGGCGUUGCGCAGCUUGUGGAGGAAACAAACGAGAAACCAGUCACCGCCGUCGACAACGAGAAUGAGCCAUCGCGCGUAUCGGUGAAGACUCGCAUUGCAAAAUUGGAGAAAGCAACAAUUCAACCCAAUGCCGAACCAGAAGAACCAAAGAAAAACCAAUUCACAGCAAAGCCUUGCGUCGUCGAUGAUGCCUCCAUCGAUGAUUCGGUUUCUAUCGAGGCAUCGUCUCCGAGCUUUAAAACGCAUUCAAGCCAACUUGUGGAUCACUGUAAUCACUACUCUGCUUUCGAUUCAAAUGACCUUGAACCAACAAAUCUAGAGGAAAUGUUUGAGAUAUCCUCCUCCGAUGCUUCAGCCGGAAAGGCCAGAGAAAGCAUCGCAGAGAAGAUUGUCCUUCGAAAUGCGUCGCACUGCCAGCGUCAACAGAAGGCAAUGCGAAAGCUUGGCUCGACCAGUCAGGUGGCUCUCAUGUCCACCGAUGAGUUUUUACGCAUGUCAACGAAAAUGUCUUCUCAUGCCUGGAUCAAUGUGCAGAAAGUUCCACAAAAGGAUGACUCGUAUCUCGUUGAGGAAUCUUCACCUGACGAAACCAGUAUCGUUGACCUGGAGAAUUCCUCCACGCCAAAUAUGAGUGCGAUUGAGAAUGAAUUGGGAGAGGUGCUGUCAAAAUUCAGACUAGACGAAAAAAUAGUUGAUUCGCACCAGAUGUUUCUUCGAGAUGGAGGGUUCGACUCGAGUGAGACCUCUUGUGACGACGACGCGGUUGGCAACCUCUACUGCGCUUGAUUGCACGGAGGCAAGUACCAGGUACAGCACUUUCGCAACGGCAUCUGCAAAUUGCUUCUUCAACGGUAGCCGCCUGGCCACCUGAUACUGAAGUAGACGAGGCUAGAUUGCACCCUCUUCAAUGGUGGAAACAGAUAUCCCAGCAGUACUAUAAAAGCAAUGAAAUGUACUAGACCAUGUUUUCACCAGC